CCCCAUCAAAACCAACAGGUCUAUAACGAAAUAAAGCGACGAAAGCCGACCUAAAACUUGAAAGUCCCGCGAGGCCUUAUAGGCCAUUGCGUCAUCGCCUCCCCUUCCAUUGAGGCUCGACGGACGGACGGGCGGACGACCGACCUCCUCGUCCCGUGCCCGCCCUUGACUGAGAGAAAAAGCCUCAUUUGGCAAGGUUAUUAGGAGAGAAGAGUGAGGACAUAGCAUAUAUUAUUAGAAGAGAGAGAGGGAAAAAAAUGGCUCUUCGUCUCUCUUCUUAUGCGGGAGUUCUGUUGAGGACUUCGAGGACCUCCUUCGGGACGAUCUCGAACUCGAGGGUCUUCUUGGGGUCGCCUCCGGGUCUUCGGUCCUUCGCCGCUGGAGGAGGAGAGGCUGCAGGAGGAGGAGGAGGAGGAGGGGGGCUGGUGAAGACUGAGGGAUCUGCUUCUGCCUCUGCUUCUGCUCAGAAGGGGAAUAUUGGAUUAAGGGAUCAUCGGAUCAACAGGUUUGAGAAAUUUUUGAUGGUCUGGGGAGGAAAAUACAAGUCAAUGAGCGACGUGCCAGAAUUUAUCAGCCAAGACUCACUGGAACGCGCCCGCAACAAGGCAAGAAUCAAGAUCAACCUACUAAUGGGCUUGGCUACGCUGAUUGGGUGCUUCUUCAUGAUCCGGUCAGGAAAGAAGGCACAGAGAGAGGGGCAGUCGGUCGUCAAGAUGAACGAGGAAUGGCACAGGAAAGCGAGAGAAGAGGCCAGUCAGGGCAAAGCUAACACGGAAGGGGAUAAAGCGUCUUAGAAGCGCGUUCGGUUCGUAUUGAGAGUUGUUGGCUGUUAGUAAUGUGAAUUAUAUUUCUAGAGGGAGGACAACGGUGAUAUGUAAAUUGGUAGAAUAUAUAUAAUACUCUUAUUCUAUAUACCCUGGUUUGAGUAGCAAAGUAAAAUAACCAAGGUAAUCUAUAUUUUUAAAAGUUAAUCUAACUGUCAAAAAUGCAUGUUAAUUUUGAAUACAUGUGUGUAUAUAUAUAUGCAAUAUUAUCCUCUGGCAUGUAUUUUAUAUAAUACACAAUUCCUUCUUUUAUAUAACAAUGCAAAUGUAAAGUUAUAUAUCCUUAGCAAUAAUUUGUUCUAUUAUUAUUUAUUAUUAUUAUUUUUUUUAUUGUUAUCAUUUUGUAUGUGAGGAAUAAAUAAAAAAAAAUAGAUUAUUGAAAGGUGUUAAUGAAAAUGCGAAACAUUGAGA